UUUCUCUCUAGGGGGCUCCGCCCCGCUCGGAUCGAUGGCGUGCAUCCCGACGGGCAUCCGGCUGCCGGACCUGGACAUGGUCAAGGCGGCGGCGGCGGCGGCCGGAGCGGGGGUGGGGCCGCCGGGCGCGGGGCCGCUGCGGCCGGCGCACUCCUCGGCCUCCUCCGCGCUCUCCGACGCCUCCAACUCCUCCUCGGCCUCCUCGCUCUCGCUCAAGCGGGCGCGCACGCCGCGGAAGCGCCCCAACCAGACCUACAACGAGGCGGCCGCGCUGCUCGCCUCCAUGUACCCCUCCGUCUUCCCCGCCGCGCCGCCCUCGCCGCGCCUCCUCGGCCUCGCCUCCGCGCUCGCCGACGACCCCUCCCGCGCCGACUUGCUCCCGCCCUUCCCCGUCCUCGGCAACGCCGCCGCGCCGCCACCGAUGACGCCGCGGAGCCCCGUCCUCGCCAGGGCCUGCCCGUCCCCGGCGGCCGUCAGCAGCGCCUUCACCGAGUUACGCGACUCGGCGCCGUCCCCCGGGACGCCCGACGGCGCCGGCGCCGACGGGCCUGGGGAGCUCGACUUUGAGGAUGAUGACGACAGCUUCGACGCAGACUCCUUCCUCCUCGGCGGCGUCGACGAGGGCGCCGCUGCCCAGGGGAUCGAGGGCAUCAUGGGAAAACUCAGUAUGGAAAGCGGCAGCGAUGCCUCUUCCAUUAACCGCGUGCUCUCCAGCUCCGGCAUAGACCCCUACAUCAGAAACCUCAUGGUGCUCGGACUCGGCUUCCGGCGCUCCCGGUCCAACAUCAAGCAGGCGCUCAAGCGGCACGACGAUGACAGCGAAUGGUGGAUGUGCCCUGCCAUUCCAUUGAAGGACAUUAUGCCGGUGCCUCCCCCAUCGAUGGAACCACCGCCACCGGUGGAGAAGAAGAAGAAGAAGACUAAGAAGAAGGCGCUGAAGGACAUCGCCUCUGGGCCAUGCAUUACAUGUGUUAAGGAGGAAAUUCCUGACCCUGCUUAUGGGGAUGAUGGAAUUUUUGGACUGAAGGCGCCUAAGACAGGAUUGGGCCUGAGCCUCAACACCGAGGAGGUGCUGAAGGCGUGGUAUGACAGAGGCUCCGUGUUCUCUGACGGCAACAUACCUGAUGCGUCAUCCACAGAUGGGCUGGCUAAACUUUCAGAUAUUGAACUGUUUCUAGAGAAUGGUGCUGCUGGUGCUAUCAGGGAAGGCAGCGUACAGAAAUUGAAGCAUAAGCAGAAGCAGUGCACUCCCCUCCUCUCAAAUAAGACUCGGUACCAAGCACGGAAGGUGCACGCCGAGUCUCGCCCUCGGGUCAAGGGGAGGUUUGUCAGCCAGGCGGCUCUUCUGCAGAAAGCCGCGGAGAAAGAGACCUAGGGGAGGACGUUCUUGCUCCCAUGAACAUUUUGUCUUGGGAUUUCAUUUCAUUCCCCCUAGAAGUGAAGCAGAUGAGGGCUUCUUUUCUUUUCUGCACUUAUGUGAUCAUGUAGAGAGGGUAGAGAUUGCCUGUAGAGUGGCUUCUUUGUCAGGGGAUAGCUGCUGGUUAGUUUCCCAGCUCAGAUGCUGCCGGGGCAAAGAAGGCCGUAAGCCAAAAACAUCGUAACAAUGGUACAGUGCUGUGGCAAUGACCAAAGUGCUUCUGUUACUUUGCUUCCGUCUUAUGCUCUGAACCCUCUGAAGGAAUUGCACCGGGUGCAGGGUGCUCCCAAAUGUUCUGGCACAGCUCUAAAUUUUUGUACAAAAGUGAAUCUGCAAAAUUUGUUGGGACAUUAGGGGAGCAUUUGAUUCGCAAGAUUCCUAAAGCA